AUGCCCGGCGAGCGUGGACCUGUCUGUCCUCACGGUCCAGACGGCCUUCCGGGCCGCGCCGGCCAUCAAGGAGCUGCAGGACCCCGCGGCUUCUUCGGUCCAAAGGUCGCCCCGGAUUUCGUGGUCCUCCAGGUGACAAUUCGAUCUCCGGAGUCGGUGUAUCAGUCUGUCGGAAAAAUAACGGCGGAUCGUCGCAGCAAAAUGUCUCGCCUCGCCGCUAUCGCGCACCAAAUCCCAAGUCGCGGCUUGCAGUCGCAAAGCGAUGAUGAGCGACUCCGAGGCGCGACGAUCCGCCGUUUUUUUCCCGACAGACCGAUAAAAGAUCCUCAAGGUGAGCCCGGUGAAAAAGGAGAAAGCAAAACUGUCGACUUUAUGUCGCGGCUAGUAAUAUGUCAAGUCGGUAAAAAUUUCUCACUCUGCAUCUACAGUUGA